AUGAAAGUCAGAAGUUUCUUAGGAUUGCUAGGCUACUAUAGUAGAUUUGUGAAAGGAUUCUCUCUUAUAACAGCUCCAUUGACUAAGCUAUUGCAUAAGAGUGUGAAGUUUGAUUGGAAUGAUAAGUGCCAAGCCAGUUUUGAGAAAUUGAAGGCUAUGCUUACUGAAGUGCCAGUGUUCACACAACUACUAUUAGGGAGAGACUUUGUGGUCUAUAGUGAUGCUUCGCAUAAUGGGUUUGGGUGUGUUCUAAUACAGGAAGGAAAAGUGGUUGCUUAUGCUUCUUGGCUGAUGAUGGGAGGCAAUCCCACCGCCACAACACAACCACAACCUCCGCCACCACCACAGAAGUCCUAUUUAGAGAAGAAAAGAAAAUAUAGGGCUAUGGACUUUCUAGGAAAGAAGAAAGAUGAUCCCAUGAUAGAUGAUGCUUACCAGUGGUGGGACACAGUAUCCAGAGAGGUGCAGCUAGAUCAGAUCACAUGGGAGUUCUUUCUUACGGAGUUUAAAAAGAUGUAUGUCAACAAUGUGUACUUGAAAGAGAGGAGAAGAAAAUUUAUUAGCCUGAGGCAGAGACAAUUGUCAGUAUCAGAGUAUGAGCAGGAAUUUGUGAGACUGAGUAGAUAUGGAAGGGAGAUAGUACCUACUGAAGCUAAAAAGUGCAGGAGAUUUGAAGAAAGGUUAAAUGAUAAUAUCAAGCUCAUGAUAACAACUUUGGGGAUUACCAACUUUGGAAAAUUGGUUGAAGCUGCAUUAAAAGUAGAAAGGGCUAGAAUUAAUGAGCAGAGCAGAAGGGAUAGACAGUAA